AUGGCAAAUAUGUUAUUUUGUUGGAUAUUUUUCACCCUCGGGUGGACCCUCAUUGAUGGAUCCGAAAUGGAACAGGAUUUUGUGUGGCACUUAAGAAAAAUCCCCCGGGUUGUCAGUGAAAGGACUUUCCAUCUUACCAGCCCCACCUUUGAGGCAGAUGCUAAGAUGGUGCUCAAUAGAGUGUGUGGCAUUGAAUGCCAGAAAGAACUCCCACCUCCCAGCCUUUCUGAUCUGGAAGAUUCUCUUUCCUAUGAGACUGUCUUUGAGAAUGGCACCCGAACCUUGACCAGAGUGAAAGUCCAAGAUGUGGUCCUUGAGCCCAUUCAAAAUGUCAGCAUGAAAGGGGCAUCCGUUAGGAGGAAGAGACAGGUGUAUGGCACAGACAGCAGGUUCAGCAUCUUGGACAAAAAGUUCUUAACCAACUUCCCUUUCAACACAGCCGUGAAGCUCUCCACGGGCUGCAGUGGUAUUCUCAUUUCCCCCAGCCAUGUUCUAACAGCUGCCCACUGUGUGCAUGAUGGGAAGGACUACAUCAAAGGGAGUAAAAAGCUAAGGAUAGGGUUGUUGAAGAUGAGAAAUAAGGGCAGUGGCAAGAAACGGAGGGGUUCUAAGAGGAGCAGGAGAGAAGCCAAUGGUGGCGACCAGCGAGAGGAUACCACAGACAAUCUGGAGAGAGCCAAGGCUGGAAGAAGAAGAAAGGAAUCUGGUCGGGGUCGUAGAGUCCCUGAGGGGAGGCCCUCCUUCCAGUGGACCCGGGUCAAGAAUACGCACAUUCCCAAAGGCUGGGCCAGAGGAGGGAAGGGGGAUGCUGCCUUGGACUAUGACUAUGCUCUUCUGGAGUUGAAGCGCGCUCACAAAAAGAAAUACAUGGAACUAGGAAUCAGUCCAACCAUCAAGAAGCUGCCUGGGGGAAUGAUCCACUUCUCAGGAUUUGAUCAUGAUAGGGCCGAUCAGUUAGUCUACAGGUUUUGUAGCGUGUCCGAUGAAUCCAGUGAUCUCCUCUAUCAAUACUGCGACGCUGAGUCAGGCUCCACUGGUUCCGGGGUCUAUCUGCGUCUGAAAGAGCCAGACAAGAAGAAUUGGAAGCGCAAAAUCAUUGCGGUCUAUUCAGGCCACCAGUGGGUGGAUGUCCACGGUGUGCAGAAGGACUACAACGUGGCGGUGCGCAUCACUCCCCUCAAGUACGCCCAGAUCUGCCUCUGGAUUCAUGGAAAUAAUACCAACUGUACUUACGGCUAA